UCCUCGGCUGUCAGGCUCAGUCCUCCGUGGCUCUCCCUCCUCCAGGUGCUGGUGUGGGCUUUCUUCGCUGUCAUCUUCCUGGCCUCCUACACUGCCAACCUGGCUGCCUUCAUGAUCCAGGAGGAGUACAUCGACACGGUGUCAGGGCUGUCCGAUAAAAAGUUCCAGCAGCCGACGGAGCAGUAUCCGCCGCUGCGUUUCGGCACGGUUCCAAACGGCAGCACGGAGGAGAACAUCCGCUCCAACUAUCCCAACAUGCAUCAGUACAUGAUCCGAAACAACCAGAAGGGAGUGGAGGAAGCCAUCGACAACCUGAAGACGGGGAAACUGGAUGCCUUCAUUUAUGACGCUGCAGUGCUGAACUACAUGGCCAGGAAGGACGAAGGCUGCAAGGUGAUGACCAUCGGCUCUGGUAAAGUGUUCGCUACGACAGGUUACGGCAUCGCUCUGCACAAGAACUCACGCUGGAAACGACCGCUGGACCUGGCUCUGCUGCAGCUGGUCGGAGACGAUGAGAUUGAUAUGUUGGAGCGUCUCUGGCUGUCGGGUAUCUGCCACAACGAUAAGAUCGAGGUAAUGAGCAGUAAGCUGGACAUAGACAACAUGGCAGGGGUCUUCUAUAUGCUGCUGGUGGCGAUGGGUCUCAGCCUCUUGGUAUUUGCCUGGGAGCAUCUUGUGUACUGGAAGCUACGGCACUGCGUGAAGCGAUCAGGCGGGAUGGACUUCCUCCUGGCUCUCAGCAGGGGGAUGUACAGUUGCUGCCAGUUUGAGGAUGAAACAACACCAGGAGGCAGCUCUUUGCCCCAGUACCACACUGUGACCACCAUGCCUGCUCCGCCCCAACAGCACCUUGUUACAGCCACGAUAAACAACACAACUGCCAUCGCCAUGGUGCAGCAGCAACAGCAGCAGAAGCACCACCAAAAACAGCAACAAGGGCAGACUUAUACCACCAUGCUACCUGGAUCGCCGCCAACUACGGGACAUUCGGCAAUGGCUCUAGGACCCUCAAAUAGCCCCCUACUUGAAGGGCCUAUGCCCUGUUCAACCUUUUUGCCUCGCCACGAUCGCCGACUCGCCGUGGUCGAUCGUUGGAAUUGGCAGAAAACAGAGAAAGUCAUGAGCGCAGGCAGUGGCACGGGCGUGGGUGUUGGGGGAAUAGCAGGAGGGAUCACUGAACUCCAAGCUCAGCAGCAGUAUCAGCCGAAUCUUGGACAACACUGGAAAAUGCAAGGAGGAGUUGUAAGUGGAGCAGGGGUAGGAGGAGGUGACACUGGGUUAGAUGAGUAUAAGCGCUACUAUGGUCCUAUAGAUCCAGAGGGGUUAGGAGCUAACUCAGACCAACAGGCUGGAGGCACCCAACAGACUCCCAAAGCUAACCCUCGAGGCCCCAAAGCCUCAGGAAUGCCACGAUUGCCUCCUAAAGGACCCCAACAAGGCCCAACACACUUAAUCGCUAAGCCUCCUCCACCGCUCCCAUCCUCACCGCGAAGGCCUCCCUUCUGGCGACGAGGAAGCUUAGCUCAGACCAGGAGAAAAGGCUCAGGUGGACCGUUGUAUGAGAAUAUACUCCCACUGGGAAGGCGAGGAGGUGGCAGGUACGGAGCAGGCGAUGGAGGCGGGAGGAGAGGGCGACGUCCUCCUCCACCUCCUCCUCUGCCUGUCCCUCUUUCCUCCCCGACACACACUCCUACCACUCCCUCGUCCCCAUGCCGUUUCUACUCCACCUGCUCCAGUGCUUCGUCCUCUUCCUCCUCCUCAUCGUCAUCGUCAUCCUCUUCAUCGUCCUCUGUCUCACUCUCCCGGUCUAAUUCCCCCUCUUCCUGCUCUAGUGACAGCUCCUACAACUCCUCGCUGAGUUUCCGGUAUCGGGCAGGCGACCGGGAGUUUACGGUGGAUGAUGACAUUGAGUCAGAUCUUCUUACAGAGGAGUCCAGCCUCCUUCUGGGGUCUCGGCGAAAGAUUCGUUCCCGCCGCAUGUCGUCACGAUCAUUGCCUUGCAGCCCGCCACCUCCACCGAUCCCGCCUCGGAAACCUCGUCCUCAGAGAGAUUACGGCAGAGAGAGGACGGGCAGCCAGCUGGCCCAGUUACAGGAGUGGUGGGCAUCAUGGGGCGAUAGAGAACGAGUUAGGGGAGGGACGACAGGACGGGGGGAUGGAGGAGCCGGUAGAGAGGAGAAGAGGCACCACAAAGAGCGGGAGCAUGAGAGGAAGAGGAGGAAGAAGGGCCGAAAGAAGAAGAAGAGGGAAGAGAGGGAGAGAGAAAGGGAGCGGAAGAGGCGCAAAGCAAAGAAGAAGAAAAAGAAAGACGACAAGAUGAGGAAGAGAGAGCGGAAGAGGUCCGAGCAGGAGGGAGGAGAUGCCGAUAAAAGAGAGGAAGCCAAAUCAGGGACACCAGACUACCCAUCAUACCCAGCCCUGAGGCGAGAGUCCUUUCGGAAGAAGAGCGAGAGCUCAAUCAGAAGCUACGGAUGGAACAUCCCGGGUGAUGAUGAGAGGAAAGAAAGAGAAGAGAAAGAGAGGGAUGAUGGCGAUGACAGCAGAGGGAAGGAACGGCACCCGAGGCGAAGGAACAGCAAACACUAUCACAGCUCUAGCAGUAAGCCUUCAACAUCCGUCAAGUUUUGGGGAGGGGGCAACCCGUCCUCUGACAUUCCAUCCGCUUUCUUGCCCUUGUUGCCUGUCACCUCUAAAAGGAGGAAGAGUAAAAGCUCAGACAGAGAUGCUGUAGGAAUGGAAGGAGAGAGGAAGCCAUUGCUGGGGCGGGACGGGAGAGGUGAGAUACACUCCAAGGAGGGCUUGUCCUUCCACGAGUGGGGGUCCGAUGUAGAGGAUGACGAAGAAGAUUCUGAGCAGGAGAGAAGGAAAGCGGAGCGCGGUAAGAGGCGUGGAGGAGGAAGGACAAUGUCAGAUGAGGAGAGGGAACGCGAUAAGGUAGUCGGGAUAUAUUCUGAUGACGACGGUUCUUCGGGAGAGUUCGGGAAGUUUGAGAGAUACUGGGAGGAUCAUGAAGGCCGGUCGGUAGGAGGGAUCGGAGGAGGGGGUUGGUUUUUUAGUACUUACCCCUCCAGGGAUAAAGCCGGCAGCAUCAACAGUAGAGAUGACCUAUUCCUGGAGCGAGGAGAGAGGUGGGGGACGGGAGAAAGUGGAUGGGGGUCUAGUGGAGGUGGUGGUGGUGGUGGAGGACGAGGAGAUGGAGGAGAAAGAGUAUGGGGAUCAGGAUCGCACUGGCCCCCGCCUCCUCUCACACCCCCACCUCCUCGACGAUACUGGUCUGUGGACAAACUCCACAUACAGGACGAGAAGAAGAGUAAACGUAAGUCAAAGGACAAGGGGAGAGGGCAAGCAGCUUGUCCCUCCUAUCAUUCCCCCCGACACCAUCCGCACCCCCAUUCCGCCAAAUGGGCUCGCAUAACCUCGCGAAGCCAGGAAGAGCUCUACCACCACUGCCAGAGUUUUGGUGGUCCCCUAAAGUCUAAACAUGACUCCUCAUCCUCCUCCAAACAGGAUCGCUCACAAAACCCAUCCAAAUCCGGCAGCCAGUCAAACCUUAGUAUCCAGCAGCGGACACAGAGGACAGAUAGGGAUCGAGAUCGAGGAAGGCUACCAUCCCCGCCUUCUGCCCUCUUACCUAACUUGCCACCCCCACUUCCUGCCCUCCCAGCUCCCCCAUCCUCAUCUCACCCCAUCCACGUACCUCCCCCUACCUCUUCCUCUUCUGUGUCCUCCCCGUCCGUGGUCUCAUCCACACCAGGGGCGCCCCAGCCCUCCAUGGCUUCGGCAAGUGCCAAACUGCAGUACCAGAGAUUGCGCUCUGUACCCCAGCCCCAGAGGUUUCCCCAGUCCCCUCACUUACCCCUAAAAGCCAAGAGCCUCUGCUCCCGAAGGGGCUCAGCCCAUUUCUCCAGUGUGGAGAGCGAGGUUUGA